GUGAAUUACAAGGAUAUUUAAAUCCAGUGGAGGUAGUAGGUUUGAAUGGAGAUCAAAACUUCGUGAGUAAUCCAUCGUUUACAAAUGAUGCUAUUCUUUCUAACAAUCCAACAACUUAUAUUGGCGAUCCGCCUCUAAAUGCGGUGAAUACAACGGCUUAUACAGGAGAUUCAUCAGAAAUCGCAUAUGGCUACAUGAGUACGGAAGAUGAAGUUAUGAUAAAUUAA